AUGGGGCACUGCCGAGAAGCGCCCUGCCGCCUCCUGUCACCCAUCGACUCGCGGCCUGCACCUGUAGGUGACUCCGCGGCGACAGGGGCCGGGGGCCUCACCAGGGCCCUGCGGCAGCUGCUGCCCCCUCCCGGCCGCAGUCCCCUCCUCCAGGGCGGCUUACACCUGUACCAGCUGGACAUCACGGUGAAACAGGGGCGUAACAAGGUGCGGGAGAUGUUCAUGAAGAAUGCCCACGUUACAGAUCCACGGGUGAUAGACUUGCUGGUUAUUAAGGGAAAAAUGGAUCUUCAAGAAACCAUUCAGGUAUGGAAGCAGAGGACUCACAUCAUGAGGUAUUUCCACGAGACGGAAACACCACGACCUAAAGACUUUCUGUCCAAAUUCUAUGCGGGCCACGAUCCCUGA